AUGGACGUCGAAAAGGCUGCAUCCCUCAUUGUACCUCCUACCCACUCCUCCAUCCGUCGACCAUCGCCGUUCUGUUCUCUCACCUGGUAUGCCAUUCAACGUCAAGCGCUAUCCGCAAUUCCACCAUUCGCCCUCGGUGGCGACCUCCCAGCGCACCCAACACCUACCAAACGCAUUGUUGACCGUUGUCCAUCCGCCAACCAACGUUUGACGAAGGGACAGAUGAUGGUUCCCGACUUGUCGUUCUGGUCGCCGACACCCAGCACCUUGAUGCUCAAUGACCACACCCCCGAUCCCAAACACUGGGAGAAGGAGGCGCAGUAG